UUCAGCCUUUUGGCUUCUUCUUCCCUCGUGGCUGGCCACGGUGCUAUCAUUGGCGCAACUGGCAACGCAGGUGGUGCCGGUUCCGCCAUCGGUGUCGACCCCAACACUCCUCGUGACGGCACUGGCCGCAACCCCUUCCAGCAAGACUCUACUCGCUUCCGUGGCGAUGCCGCUGCCAUCUGCGGUGAGACGCUCGGUGGAGGUGCCAACGACAUCGCCGCCGGUACCGCAAAGGUCAUGCAGCUCAACGGCCCUACUCUUCCUCAGGUCACCGCCGGUGGCAUGGUCAUGAUGACUGUCCACCAAGUCAACUCUGACGGUGCCGGUCCUUACAAGUGCAUGGUCGACGCCACUGCCACUGGAACCAACUGGCAGCCCAUGACCGUUACCCAGAACCUUGCUGGUAACGCCCGUGGCCGCAACAAGGACACUCAGAUGCAGGAUCUUCCCCUCACUGCUCAGAUGCCCGCUGGCAUGGCUUGCACUGGUACCGUCGCUGGCCAGGCCAACAUCUGCAUGGUCCGUUGCCAGAACCCCGCUCGUGCUGGACCUUUCGGUGGCUGUGUGCCUGUUCAGAUGGCUGGCGCUGCCGCUGCUGCUCCCGCCGCCGCCGCCGCUGGCACUGCUGGUACUGCUGGCACUGCUGGCGCCGCUGCUGCUCCUGCGGCCGCUGCUGGUACUGCUGGUACUGCUGGUACUGCUGGCACCGCCGGCACCGCCGGCACUGCUGGAGCAGCCACUGGAGCAACCACUGGAGCAAACACUGGC